GGGUGGGUUUCGUCGCAGUACGCAGAGCUCGGCGGCGAUUUGCCACGUCUGAGAGCGGCCGGGAGAGCAGUGAGUGCAGCAGGGGUCGAUCCCGCCGAAAUCCCUCCGUUACCACCAUGGUGUCUGUAAUUAAUACAGUGGACACUUCCCAUGAGGAUAUGAUACAUGAUGCUCAGAUGGAUUAUUAUGGCACACGUUUGGCAACUUGCUCCUCUGACAGAUCAGUGAAAAUAUUUGAUGUACGGAAUGGAGGGCAAAUUCUCAUAGCUGACUUAAGAGGACAUGAAGGCCCUGUGUGGCAGGUUGCUUGGGCUCAUCCCAUGUAUGGAAAUAUCCUGGCUUCCUGUUCCUAUGAUAGGAAGGUUAUUAUCUGGAAGGAAGAGAAUGGUACCUGGGAGAAGACAUUUGAAUACACAGGACAUGAUUCAUCAGUGAAUUCUGUAUGUUGGGCACCACAGGACUAUGGAUUGAUCCUGGCAUGCGGCAGUUCUGACGGGGCCAUCUCUCUGUUGAACUACACUGGAGAUGGACAGUGGGAAGUGAAAAAAAUCAGUAAUGCACACACAAUUGGCUGCAAUGCUGUUAGCUGGGCCCCUGCUGUUGUACCAGGGAGCCUUAUAGACCAGCCAUCAAGCCAAAAGCCAAACUACAUCAAACGAUUUGCAUCAGGUGGCUGUGAUAACCUUAUCAAGAUUUGGAAAGAAGAAGAUGGCCAGUGGAAAGAAGAACAGAAACUAGAAGCUCACAGUGAUUGGGUCAGAGAUGUAGCCUGGGCUCCUUCCAUAGGUUUGCCAACAAGUACUAUUGCCAGCUGCUCACAGGAUGGCAGAGUUUAUAUCUGGAUGUGUGAUGAUGCCUCUGGAAACUCAUGGUCACCAAAAUUGCUACACAAAUUCAAUGAUGUAGUCUGGCAUGUAAGCUGGUCUAUCACUGCAAAUAUUCUUGCAGUGUCUGGAGGAGACAAUAAAGUAACUUUAUGGAAAGAAUCUGUAGACGGACAGUGGGCCUGCAUCAGCGAUGUUAACAAGGGCCAAGGAGCAGUAUCUGCAAUUGCAGAAGGGCAGCAGAAUGAACAGUGACAAAUGGAUUAACAGCAAUCCAGAAUCUUCAAUGCAAAGACAUAGACAUGAUUUUUACAACUUUUCUUAUUAAAUCAGAUUUAAUGAAUCUGGAACGAGCAAAAAGUAUAAUUUCUGCUGAACAUUCUGAAACUGCUUUUUGGUAAAACUAUCAUAGCAUUCAAAUUCAAGGCAAACUGUAAUGAAAAGGUAUUGUUCAAUGCAUUGUUUCUUGCAGUGCAAUUUUUUCUUUAAAGUAUCAGUUCACUUUCUUAAUUUUACUGGAGAACUUUGAUACGCCUUCAAUGAACUCAGAAAUGCAAAGAAGAAUCAGAAAUGCAAAGUUACCCUUGUCUUACAGUUUGCCUUCAUGUAUGGUUGAAAAUAUUUAUAAAUUUGACCUCCAAAACACUGCAGACCUAAUAAACCUAAAGCCACUUUUGUGUACCUCAUUUGGUUUAAAAGAAAAUGGAAUAAAAUCCAGUU